UGACAGCUGCAAGCGAUGGUUCGAUUCAAGCGCAGUUGCCAAACGCAACGGGUAGAAAAUUCAUUGUGACGAAAAUAGGGGUAGAGAAUAACAGCACAACGGCAAAACAGCGCUUCGCAUUGAAUUGAAAAGAAUUAGAAAGGGCGUUUGUUGGCCAGAUGAGUAUUUGCCGAUUGAUUUGAUGCGUUAGCAGGCUACGAGCUUUGAAAGUGGAAGUUAUUUUGCGUUGCGUUCGAUUUAAAAGUCGCAGUUUAGAAGUGAAUCAAGAGUCGAAAAAAAACAACCCCUAAUUCCCGUACAUAAGGACAAAGGCAAACGAGUUCCCGAAACUCCAGGCGUAGUUGGUAUUUGUAUUGGUGCAACAGUUUCCAGUUUUCUACCCUGCGCUUGAAAAAGUGAGAAAAAAAAGUUUGGUUUUAAUGCGCAGCAGAAGAGGCAGUUGGUGGGUUUUUAUACGUGCAGAUAGUACCAGCUGUUUACAUUGUUGACGCGUCCCGCAAUCGUGCUAUUUGCUGUAAAUUGUCGUUUUAUUUUUGUAUUUGUCGGAACCGAUUAAGCGUUCAAAAAGUUGUGUGUAAAAUUCGUUCCAUCGCUGGCUGAAAAGUGUUGUGACGUGGUGGAAAAUUUGCGUUUGCCAAGUGUUGGAUACUCCGCUGGCGGACGGAAAAAAGCCUGCGCCAUUACGUUGUAAACAAAGCGUACGUCGUACGUGGUGUUGCGUUUUCACGGAAGGUGCGUCCCUGUGCCAGUGUGUGCGUGUGCGCGCGCUUGGUUCUUUUGUCUUUCCAGCGGUGCAGGCUGCGGGUGUGUGCGUGUGCUCCGAAAGUGGUCCGAGCCGUUUGUUGUUUUUCAGCGCCUACGUGACGUAGCGCGCGAACGCUUGUGGUGUGGGGUGUGGAGAAAACGCCAACGUCGAAGUUCUUUGUUUACAAAACAGCACCCCUGCUCCAGUCGGUAGCGUGAAGCUGCAGAACAUUCGUCCGACAUUUGGUGGCCGCACGACGGACGGUGAGGAUAAAGUGAACCGAAAGGGCGGCAUGUUCCGUACGGUGAAUCUAACGAGCGAUAAAGGCAGUUUGGUUAGCAGUAGCAGCAAAGCGGCAAUGACCACAUCCACCAGCAGCCAGCUGGCGAAGAUGGGCCCGGAAGAGCUAGGAGAGUCCUGGAUUGAGCUGUCGUCCAAUACGAGUUCGAAUAGCGGAGCGGCAACAGGAACAGUUGCUGGAUCCGGGCUGGGUAAUAAUAUCCUCACCGGUGCCACAACCCUAUCCGGCACGGUGGGAACGAAGAGUCCAGACCGGACGGCGGCACCGUUGGCGUUUGCGUCCGUGGAAGAAUACAUAAGACUGUUGCGGGAGGCUCAGCGCGAUUCCCAGGAAUCGAGCCGUAUAACAUCACUGCGUGGAAGCCCCAAAUCUCCUCCAAACAGCCCAAAUACGGAGCUGGCCGCCACGGAGGAAGAUCUUCGAAAUGUGUACAUCAACCAUGUGCACAAGGAGGGUGAAAUUGUGAAAGAUACCGAUUGGGUUUGGGAUUGGAGCAGUCGACCCGAUCAACUUCCUCCCAAAACAUGGAAAUUCGAACAUCCCAGUCCAACAAACGAGGAAAUGAACAAACCUAUACACGCCGGCUACUCCAUAAGGCAGGUCCGUGUUGGGAAAAACUCCCUGUUCUCUCGGGAGUUUCUGUACUCGAUUGUCCUAACGAACGUAUUGUCGCUUCUGCUUGGCGCAGGCAUUGGCGCUUGGCUACAAAAACGUGGUCUGUUGCUAACCCGCGUCUCGAUUGAAUAAGAUGCGGUAGAAAGCGCCCCACCAAAUCCACUUUGAUAGGCCGCGUAUAGCUUGAUAUAGCUUGAAAACAAGCACUUUGCCGUUUGUUCGAUUUGUCGUGUGCGGAUGAUAGAAUUAAUCUUUCCCCAAAAAUUGGCUUCUAGAAAUCCUGACAACAUUACACACACACAUACAGCUGUGAUUGUGUAUGCAGUAGAACGCAUUUACUAUUUUUGUUUUGUAUCACAUGAGAAGGUUUUGUGUCAAAAUUAAAGGCUAUCAAGGGAAAAGAUUAAAGCGCAGCGAACGACGAACGGUGGGCCAAAUAUUAACACGCAGCAAAUGAUGCUGUGAGGCGAGAACGAUCGAGCGUAAAGUAAACUUUGGCGUGGAAUAAUCUUAUGGUUAGCAGAAAAUGUGUGAUCAAACCAAAACGAACGCAUGAAUUUGAACAUGUUUAGGGAGGGUGGGGAGAAUCGGCACGGAAACCGGACACUAGGUGUUUGGACAUUUCACGUGACAUUGAAGCUUCUUUAAUCAGGCGGGAAAGUGAUCCCAAUUGCAGAACAGUCCAACGUAUUUCUUUCGGUUAGGGUUAAGCUGAAGUAAAUGGUGAAGUGAUGAUGAAGCACGUUAGAAAACAAAUGUUAGGGAAAAUGGACGUACGUUAGCUUUAGGCAGAAUGUAUCUGAAACGACAGAGAUUAUACUGAGAAACGGAUUUAACAAGCAAACAGAAGGGUUGCUGGAAAGUGAGCGAACGCUGAUUAGGUUAGUAGAGUAGCGGACCACCUUAUCGGUGUGUGCAUAAUCGAGGGAACAAAAAGGGAAAGAUUUCGUGAACGAUUUCCGCCAACAAGGGCCAAGCGAGGGAGGAGAAAAACAGGAAGCAAAAAAAAAACGAUAGAUUUGAUACGAUCAGGGAACGUACGGAAGCAAUGCUAAUCCAUUCGAGUAAAUUCCAUUUUUUCUUAUAACAUGUAGUCGGCAGUUUUAUAGACGGUGGUGUGCGAGACGACAAAACAUGAUGUCCGGUACACAACGUGCGCUUAAACAGAUAAAAAAAACACACAGGCCAACAAUAGAAUUAAGAACGUUUUGCGGAUCGAAACACGCCAGACGUGCAGUGUCGUGAUAAGAGAUUGCUUUUUUUAAACUUUUCACUUAUUUUUUCUAAACUUUCGUUAUAUUUUUUAAUAUCUUUUUUAAGUGUAAUAUCUCCAAUUUUGAAAAAAGCACGCUUUACGUUUCGUAUUUUGUUUCUGUUUGCGUUUUUAAACUGUUGAACGAACAGCGCCACCUAGCGGGUUCGAUAUAAAGUGUGCAUCCUAGACACAAACCACAAACCAGUGCGUGCGAGCGUCAUCUAGCGUAAGGCUUUGGAAAGCAAAGUGCUAGAUUCGAGCGGUUUUCUCACAAGCUUGAAGGUGGUUUUUCGUUCCGAUUUAGUAACAUCCGCGUGUUUAAACUUUGCUUUAUACUUAUCAUCAUGGUUAGGACAAUAACGAUGGUUAAUAUUUAUGCUUUGUGUUUUGCUAUCGGUUUGAUUCUGAGCUUUGAUUUAUACUGCGUAUUUCGCACAGACACACACACACACACAUUGAUUAAUCCAUUGUAUACCGCGAUUUAACCCUUACAUCCCGACGUAAAACAUUUGAUGGCCAUUUCGCUUGAAACUUUGCUGGCGCUCACGACAAGGAGCGUAACGAGCGAGCUGAGGGAUCCCUACACUAAUUGGUAUUUGUAAUUCAACGACCAUUACUUUGUAUUAUUCCUUAAGCAUUAUACACAUGAAAUAAUAAAAAUAAACAUGAAAAAAUGAAAUGAAACAGAUAAAUGUA